AUGAACAUAUGCAAGUUGGAUUUGCCUGAUGAGUCUGCAGAUAAGGCCAUUCAGAGGCGAAGAGCUGCAGAAGCAGCCCGAAAGGCCCGCGUCUUCAACACCCGGCUUCGUGUGAUUGGCCUCGAUGUGGAUGUUUUAAAUCAACAAGUCCAACAGAAGAAGCAUCAGCAAAGCGUAGAGAAACAACGGGACAAGGCUUAUGAUGACCUGAGAAUUUGUCAAGAUGAGGCACUGCUGCAGCAGGACAUUGAAGACAAAGAGAAACGAGCGUCUCUGCAGGCUGGCCUGGCACAGUACUGGGCCACUCAUCAGAGACUGGAGGACUCCCGUGAUGCUGAUCUCAAGUGUGGCCUGAAGGGGGCGUCCAACCUCACCCUGCCAGAGAGCCACCUGGGGCCUGCCAGUAUGCAAAUCUUUCAGGGGGAAGGGAUUGGAGAGGAGCAAACGAGAAGAGAACAAAUGAAGAAGACAGAGAGAGAUCUGCGAGCGCAGAUGGAUGACAAUGAAAGAAAGCACAUGGGAGACAAGCACCGAGAGAUGCUCAUGAGCAGAGAGAUGGCGAAUCAGGACCUGAGGUGGCUCGAGCAAGCUGCUCUAGAAGAGGAGUGUAAGAAAGCCGCCCGCAUGGCGCUCGACAACUACAAUCAGGCUCUGGCCGCAGAGCAAGCAGCGAAACUGAAGGAUCACCAGAGGAGAGAGGAGCAAGAUAAUCUCGCCGAGAUGUGGCACAUCCUGACGUCUGACAUGAUGACGGAGAGCGCAGAUUUGGCGAUGGGAGGCGGGACGCCACAGGUUCUGCCUGACAGGUGGAAGGGGAUGAGUGCCGAGCAGCUGAGGAGCGUCUACAGGGAGAGAGAGGAACAGCGCCGGGAGAGAGAGAGACAGCGUCAGGCUGAGAAGAUCCAGGACGCGGUUCGGGACUUCCAGCUCCUGAAGCUGUGCGGAGAAGCUGAGGAGGAGGAGAGCAGAGCCGCACAGCUGAGGAGAGAGCGAAGGGUUCAGAUGGACCAGUACAACAUGCAGCUGGCCAGGGAGCAGCAGGCACAACAGGAGUAUCUGAACAACAAGCUGUACACCAACAAACCCACCAAGGACUACUUCCAACAAUUCAACCGGAGCUCCCGCUGACCUCCCCUUACC